AAGCUCCUUGUGCUACUCCACUGAUCUGUAGCUUUGGAAGGCCGGUGGACCUGGAGAAGGAUGACUACCAGAAGGUCAUAUGCAACAACGAGCAUUGUCCAUGCAGCACCUGGAUGCACCUUCAGUGCUUCUACGAGUGGGAAAGCAGCAUCCUCGUUCAGUUCAAUUGCAUUGGCAGAGCCAGGAGCUGGAACGAAAAGCAGUGCCGCCAAAACAUGUGGACAAAGAAGGGAUAUGACCUGGCUUUUCGCUUUUGCUCCUGUCGGUGUGGGCAAGGUCAUUUAAAGAAGGACACGGACUGGUACCAGGUGAAGCGGAUGCAGGAUGAUAAGAAGAAAAAAUCAGUGUUGGAGAAGAGCACAGGAAGGUCGAUGGCAGAGUCAGCAGAGGAGGCCAAGAAGGGCAGACUGGCCAACAAGCCCCAGAAAGGAUUGAGUCACGACCUCCCACGAAGGCACUCGAUGGACCGGCAGAACUACCAGGAGGAGAGCGUCAUGGGUGGCAGCUAUGCUGUUCGCUCGCCUUGUGUCUCUCCCGGCCAGUCCCCACCCACCGGCUACUCCAUUCUUGCCCCUACGCAUUUCAGCGGCCCUCGUUCCUCACGAUACCUGGGAGAGUUUUUGAAGAACGCCAUUCACCUGGAGCCCCAUAAGAAGAACAUGGCCAGCGGGGGCAUGUUCAGGAAUGCGCAUUUUGAUUAUGGGGCAGCUGGUUUGCAAGCCCAUAGAUCAGGACACUUCGAUGCCCCUGUGCAGUUUUUGAGAAGGCUCGAUCUGUCUGAGCUGCUUACUCACAUCCCCAGGCAUAAAUUGAAUACUUUCCAUGUGCGGAUGGAAGACGAUGCCCAGGUGGGCCAAGGGGAGGACCUUCGGAAGUUUAUCCUUGCUGCUCUUAGUGCCAGCCACAGGAACGUUGUAAACUGUGCACUAUGCCACAGGGCGCUGCCAGUGUUUGAACAGUUUCCGCUGGUGGACGGGACCCUGUUCCUUAGCCCAUCGAGACACGAUGAGAUUGAAUAUGAUGUUCCCUGUCACCUUCAAG